AUGAAUUCAGUAACAGCAUGGUCGACGGAGGAUCAGGUUUUGGAAACCCUUAAGAAGCUAUCGAAUGGAAGGCGGGGAUUGGGGAACCUUGACAAUACCUACCUUGUGAAGGGUGACAAGCCGCCCCCUAUAUUGAUUGAAGAAGAAGAUGAGGAAAUGUGGCUUCAUUUUGGGGAUUCUAUGCAUGCGGGAAAAGAUGCAAUUCCUGAUAAUACUCCGCCAGACCUUCAAGGCAUAACUAACUUAUUAAGACUGGUACAAGGGUCAGACGAAGAGGGCGAUAACGAAGAUAUCAUUGGACAGCGGUCGAACUGUGUUAUUGCUAUAAGCAAAGCUAGCAAACUAAAUCCUAACGUCAAAGAAUUUACACCAAAAAGUACUUCUAUUAGUGAUACAAGUGUACAUAGUUCUGGAAACGGCGAAAUUACUGAUCCCAUUGCGACUGAAGUGGAAAAAGUGACUGAAAGUGUAACUGAAGAUUUAAAAACAAAAUUAAAAAAUCACAUUAGCUACGCAGCAAAGUCGAAUUGUUUCGAAUUAAAAAAACAAAAGAACCUUGCAAUUGCAACAUUAUUACGUAUGUACGCAACGAAUAAUGAAACACCAUCAGCUCGGAAACCAGACGAAACAUUAAAGUUGAUCACCCCUGACUUCUUCGAAAAUCGAAAGAGCCCAGUUAACGUCCAAUCCGGGCCGAAUGACACGUCUCUACCAUCGGCAUCAACGUCUCCGGGCCCCAAAAGUAUGACCUCAAUAAGUCAUGCCAGCUCAAGCAAUGACGUAAAAUCGGAGCCCGCUUUAUCCACACGAGUCACUACGAAGAAGCAAAAACCUGAGCAAGAUCCUGCAAUAAAAACAUCAAUAAAUAAAGUGAAUCAAUGGUUAGGUGAACAACCGGUUAACCAAACUGUCCAGCGAAAAUCUCCGGCUGUUUUUAUAGGCCCUAUUACAUAUAAAGCAAAGGAACCCGCUGUAUGUAAAUCACCAAAGAUUCCUGAAACACAGCAACAGAAAGUAACAAAAGCGCGCGAGCCAAACGAGUACCAACCUACAAAUUAUGCUGAUGACUUAAAAAACAAGUACAUGGAUCGAAUCAACAGUAAAAAAGUUAAAACCAAGAGGAAUAUGUGGCAGGAUUUACAUGAAGUUUUAAAAGAAAAAGACGUUUUGGUGAAAAAGAAAUUAGAACAGGGCUCUGUAAAUAGUAGCGACUCAGACGCUCCUAGACGAAACUAG